CCCAAGACUGACCACGAAGCAGUCCCGCACAGAGACAGCUCGGCACUUUGCAUGCCUCCAAGCUCUUGGACCUCGGACCACCUACCAUCGGAAGUAAAGGCACUCUGGUGUGUUUCUCACUAGUCCCAUGGUUGUUGCUGGUAGGUAGGUAGGCAGGAAGAGCUGAUCAGAUAGCUACAUGGACGAAAAGGGUUGCCUGAAGAAUGGAUGACAGCAGCAGUAAAGGUGCUGCAAAGUCCGUGCUUUCCCACGCCAAGAAAUCGAUAAAGAAGAAGCUGUACCAUCUAACUGGAUGGGACAGUGAGUUGGGACCUCCAGAACCCGAUCCCGAGUUGUUUGCUCUGAUCAACUACCAACCGUGGAAUAUCGAAGACCGUCAACGUUACAAUGACAAAGCCGUAUACCGUCAUGUCCAAGAGAAUCCUCGUUCGGUACAAGUAGAAUACGAAUUUCGCAACGCCAACGGUAGAGGGCUUAUCCGUUCAUUUCCCUUGAAUCGCAUCAUUGCUUUAGGGGCUUCCAUGCGCACAGUAGAAACCGUGUACAAUGCACACCCUCCUGCCAUGGUCGCGACGACGGAAUUCAAGUCCACUCCGUUGCAUGCGGCGUGUUCCUAUGCCGCUUCCUUGGAUGUCAUUGAAUUUAUUCUACAACACAAUCCCGACGCCAUUCGACAAACCACCAAACACGUAUUCCUCCCCAUUCACAAUGCCUGUCAAGCCACCAUUCCACAAUCCACCACAUUGCCCGUCAUGCAGCGCUUAGUACAAGCCUUUCCCGAGUCCUUGUCUCGUAUUCAUAAAUUGGGAGAGACACCUCUGAAAAUGGUACAACGCAAUCCACACAGUCGACCCGAAAUUGUGGAGUAUUUGGAACACGAGACCGCCAACCAUUUGACGGCAGCCAAGAGCUCGUCGGUGGCGUCGUCGUCGUCCUCCUCUUCAGACCAAUUCACCAGCUCCACGACGGAAUAUUCCGUCAAGACGGUAUAAUGGAAGGAAUCGAAUCAUAAGAUCGCGAAGCAUCGAAUCGCUCAACCAGGCUUUGACGAACAAUUGCGGAGGGGGGCCUUGCAAUAUUUUGACAAUGCUCAUCAAAAACCAUGUCCCGGCAAUCCACGCGAGAACUUGUAGUAAAACAAGUUUUGGGGCACGAGAAGGCAUGUAAUAUCUCUGUGUUGGUGCGCGGAAGGCGCCAACAAUAUCUCGGCGUCGUGGGUCACUUUGUGUGUAUCUCUUUUUGGUUACAAAGCAGAUCCCAGCCAUUUCGACAGAGGACCGCAUCCAUUCUCUUUUUUCGAAGAACCAAGCACAACUCGCUGGAAGCCGCAGGGGAUUUGAUUCUACUUACUUAUUUAAUUUGGCGAGAGUUAGUUGUGUGGCAGGAUCAUUCGACUGAUCAUGGGAGUUUUGCUCAACGUUGUCCCACUCCAUUAUUAUUGUGUCCAAACCACGGGUCCCACCACCAAUGCCGUGGUCGGAUCACUCCACAAGAUUCUAGCUAGGGGCAGGUAUCUCAUUAUUUUUGACAGCAAGAUCACGCAACAAACAUGGCUCUUUAUCUGUGUUGUUGCCUUUGUAGCGUUGGAGCUGGUUAUUUGUACCUCAAAUAUCAUAAAGCCACUGGGAAUUAAUUUUCUCCUGCAUGUAUG